AUGCAAGACGCCCAGGUUGCGUGCAGGCAGCUUGGCUGUGGCUCGCCUCUUGGUGUGAUGCACUAUUUCCCUUCGAGUGACUGGUACACGUACAUGUUGACGGAGGUGAAUUGUGAAGGCUCUGAAGACUAUCUGUGGUAUUGCCCUUACAAGGAAGAAUACUCUGUCUGUUAUCACGGGGCCGCUUCUGUCAUAUGCUCAGUACCAGAUAGCUCCAGCUUGACGCCCACCGUGUCAUCGACCUCAGGGUCCAGCUCCUGCGGUGGCUUGCUUCAGGGUUUGUCCGGCUCAGUCCAGAGCCCAGGGUACCCCAACUCCUACCCCAACAGCAUCCGCUGCGUGUGGCGCAUAUGGCUGCGGGAGGUGGAUCACAGAGUUGAGCUCCACUUUUUGGAUGUCGAGCUGGAAGGCAGCAGCUGCCAGUACGACGCCAUCGAGGUGUACGACGGUGGGUCCCCUGGGGACCCGCUCCUCGGGACUGUUUGCAGGAACAACAAUCGCAUCUUCAAGUCAUCCGGGCACCAGCUGACCAUCCUGUUUCACAGUGACAGCAGCAUCACCCGGAGAGGUUUCCAGGCCUACUACUACUCGUUUCCUGGCUUCAGCAGCACGACAGUACCAGAUAACUCCAGCUCGACGCCCACCGUGUCAUCAACCUCAGAAGAUUCUUCUUGUGGCGGCUUGCUUUCCUCUUCAUCUGGUACAUUACAGAGUCCAUUUUACCCUAGAAAUUAUCCAAACAAUGCCAACUGUGUUUGGGAAAUAGAAGUAAAGAGCAACUUCCGUGUCACACUCACAUUUAGAGACGUUCAGAUGGAAGGUGGCAGAUGCCUGUCUGACUACGUGGAAGUCUAUGAUGGGCCCCUCCAUACCUCUCCUCUCCUUGGGAAAUUUUGUUCUGGUUCUUUACGCACAUACACAUCUUCCUCAAACCUGCUGACUGUCCAAUUUUACAGUAAUUCUCGAUACACAUACAGAGGGUUUCAGGCUGACUAUUAUUCCACUCCAGCAGAUCAGAGCACUACACUGCUGUGUUUACCAGAACACAUGCAUGUAGUUGUGAGCAGAUACUACCUUCAGUCACAGGGCUACUCUGCUUGGAAUCUCACCGUGAAUGACCCCCAUUGCAAACCCAACAUUACAUCAUCCUAUGUUAUAUUCGACAUACCGUACACUCGCUGCGGCACGGGAAACAACAAUACAAUAAUCUAUUCCAACCUUAUUAGAGGAUCCUCUUCUGGUACUGUAAUCACAAGAAAUAAAAAUCUCCACUUGCAUAUCAACUGCAAAAUGCUUCAGAACACAUGGGCACAAAUAAUGUAUGUUGCGGAGGACAAUUUUGAAGUCAAUGAAACUCAGUAUGGCAGAUAUGAUGUAAACCUUACAUUUUAUCAUUCUGCAUCCUUCUCACGGCCAGUGAAUCACUCACCAUACUAUGUUGAUAUCAACCAGAAUUUGUUCCUUGAAGCUUACCUGCACAGCUCUGAUCCAAACCUGGUGUUAUUUGUGGACACAUGUGUGGCAUCUCCCACCCCCCACAAUUUUACGACAGUGACCUACGAUAUAAUCAGGAAUGGGUGUGUUCGAGAUUCUACCUAUGCUACAUAUUAUUCACCCUACAAACACAUGGUCCGUUUUAAAUUCAAUGCCUUCCAGUUUAUUCGUCACAGUCCAUCGGUUUACCUGCAGUGUGAAUUAGUGGUGUGCAGGGCCUAUGACUAUUCCUCCAGAUGCUACCAAGGUUGUAUUACUGGGGCCAAGAGAGAG